GUGGCGUCACUUCCGCCAGCGUCCGGCGGCGCGCCGGGAGUCUGGGUCUCAGGAACGCGCCAGGAGCGUCGCUACAGCCGGGAACGCGCCUCGCGGAUGACAACAAAUUCGUCGCGCGGCGGCAGUGGAGGUGUCUGCCUUAGCCCCUGCCGCUUCCUUUCGCGCUCUCGUGCAGUCUCUCCGAGCCGGUUGGGACCCUCCUCGGAAGUCCCCUGGCCUGGGGCCAGGAGGACCCCUCUGCGUCUCGCCUCCGCCAGGCCCAGCGCGAGCGGCGCGGCGCCGGCGAUGGGGUCUCCCUGAGGGACUCCCGGCGCCAAAUAGGGAUGGAGGGGCCGCCCCAGGCUUAGGCCCCGCCGCAGCCUGGAGCCGGAGUCGCUACCCGGAGGCCGGAGCCGCCGCCACCCGCAGCCGCAGUCAGCCCGGCUGCCAGCAGUCACCAUGCCUUGGCCGUUUUCGGAGUCUAUCAAGAAGAGGGCCUGCCGGUACCUCCUGCAGAGGUACCUGGGCCACUUUCUGCAGGAGAAGCUGAGCCUGGAACAGCUCAGCCUGGACCUGUAUCAAGGCACCGGGUCCCUCGCCCAGGUCCCCUUGGACAAAUGGUGUCUCAAUGAGAUCUUGGAGUCAGCAGAUGCACCCUUAGAAGUCACUGAAGGAUUCAUUCAGUCAAUUUCCCUGUCAGUUCCAUGGGGCUCUUUACUGCAGGAUAAUUGUGCACUGGAAGUGAGAGGAUUAGAAAUGGUCUUCCGGCCUAGACCUCGCCCAGCAACUGGUUCUGAGCCUAUGUAUUGGUCAAGUUUUAUGACCAGCAGUAUGCAAUUGGCAAAAGAAUGUCUUAGCCAGAAACUAACAGAUGAACAAGGAGAAGGAUCCCAGCCUUUUGAAGGACUUGAAAAGUUUGCUGAAACCAUUGAAACAGUACUAAGAAGAGUAAAAGUCACUUUUAUAGAUACUGUUUUGAGAAUUGAACAUGUGCCAGAAAAUUCCAAAACUGGAACUGCACUUGAAAUUCGAAUAGAAAGAACUCUGUACUGUGAUGAAACUGCUGACGAAUCCUCAGGAAUUAAUGUGCAUCAACCCACUGCUUUUGCUCACAAGUUACUUCAGCUCUCUGGAGUGUCUCUCUUCUGGGAUGAGUUUUCUGCAUCAGCAAAAUCUUCCCCAGUGUGUUCAACUGCACCAGUGGAAACUGAGCCAAAGCUGUCACCUAGCUGGAACCCCAAAAUUGUUUAUGAGCCACACCCACAGCUAACUAGAAAUUUACCAGAGAUAGCACCUUCUGACCCAGUGCAAAUUGGAGGGUUAAUUGGUAGGUUGGAGUUGAGUCUCACGUUGAAACAGAAUGAAGUGCUUCCUGGAGCUAAGUUGGAUGUUGAUGGACAGAUAGACUCUAUUCAUCUACUCCUGUCACCAAGACAGGUGCACUUGCUUUUGGAUAUGUUGGCAGCUAUUGCUGGACCAGAAAAUUCUAGCAAAAUAGGGUUAGCUAAUAAAGAUAGGAAAAAUCGACCCAUGCAGCAGGAAGACGAGUAUCGAAUUCAGAUGGAAUUAAACCGGUAUUAUUUGAGAAAAGAUUCCCUCUCUGUGGGUGUAUCUUCAGAGCAAAGCUUUUAUGAGACAGAAACAGCUCGUACACCUUCUAGCCGUGAAGAAGAAGUAUUCUUCUCCAUGGCUGAUAUGGACAUGUCUCAUAGUCUCUCUUCUCUUCCACCCCUUGGGGACCCCCCAAACAUGGACCUUGAGUUAUCAUUAACUAGUACAUAUACAAAUACCCCAGCAGGAUCUCCAUUAAGUGCUACUGUGCUUCAGCCCACUUGGGGAGAGUUCCUUGAUCAUCAUAAAGAACAGCCAGUAAGAGGGUCAACAUUUCCAUCCAACCUAGUUCACCCAACAUCUUUACAGAAGACACCUCUCCCAUCUAGAUCUGUUUCAGUGGAUGAAUCAAGGCCUGAACUUAUUUUUAGACUAGCUGUGGGAACUUUUUCAAUCUCUGUGCUUCACAUUGAUCCUUUAUCUCCACCUGAAACGUCACAGAACCUUAAUCCAUUGACACCUAUGGCAGUAGCUUUCUUUACUUGUAUAGAAAAGAUUGAUCCAGCAAGAUUUUCAACAGAAGAUUUUAAGUCUUUCCGAGCAGUGUUUGCAGAAGCUUGCUCACAUGAUCACCUUAGAUUUAUAGGUACUGGCAUUAAAAUAUCCUAUGAACAAAGACAAAGAUCAGCUUCCCGGUAUUUUAGUACUGAUAUGUCCAUUGGGCAAAUGGAAUUUUUGGAGUGCCUAUUUCCAACUGAUUUUCAUUCUGUUCCUCCUCACUAUACAGAGCUUUUAACGUUCCAUUCCAAAGAAGAAACUGGUUCCCAUUCCCCUGUGUGUCUUCAGCUUCAUUAUAAGCAUUCUGAGAAUAGAGGGCCCCAGGGUAAUCAAGCAAGACUUAGUUCAGUUCCUCAGAAGGCAGAAUUGCAAAUUAAAUUAAAUCCAGUGUGUUGUGAGCUGGAUAUCAGUAUUGUGGACAGGUUAAAUUCUUUGCUUCAACCACAGAAACUUGCCACAGUAGAGAUGAUGGCAUCCCACAUGUAUACUUCAUAUAAUAAACAUAUUAGUCUGCACAAGGCUUUCACUGAAGUGUUUCUAGAUGAUUCACAUAGUCCUGCAAAUUGUCGGAUAUCAGUACAAGUUGCCACACCAGCAUUAAACCUUUCUGUUCGCUUCCCAAUACCUGAUCUUCGAUCCGAUCAAGAAAGAGGACCAUGGUUUAAGAAGUCACUUCAGAAGGAGAUCCUUUAUUUAGCCUUCAUAGAUCUAGAAUUUAAGACUGAAUUUAUAGGAGGAUCAACCCCAGAACAAAUUAAAUUGGAACUUACCUUUAGAGAACUAAUUGGAUCGUUCCAGGAAGAGAAAGGAGAUCCAUCUAUUAAGUUUUUCCAUGUGUCUAGCGGAGUAGAUGGAGAUACAACAUCGUCAGAUGACUUUGACUGGCCACGAAUUGUACUGAAAAUAAAUCCACCAGCCAUGCAUUCCAUUUUGGAGAGAAUUGCAGCUGAAGAAGAAGAGGAGAAUGAUGGUCACUACCAGGAGGAAGAGGAAGGAGGUGCUCAUUCCUUGAAAGAUGUUUGUGAUCUAAGAAGACCAGCCCCAUCUCCUUUUUCUUCUCGUAGAGUAAUGUUUGAAAAUGAACAGAUGGUGAUGCCAGGAGACCCUGUAGAAAUGACAGAAUUUCAGGAUAAAGCAAUCAGCAAUUCUCACUAUGUGCUGGAACUUACGUUACCAAAUAUUUAUGUAACACUACCUAAUAAGAGCUUUUAUGAGAAGCUUUAUAAUAGGAUCUUUAAUGACUUGCUGCUGUGGGAACCAACAGCUCCUUCACCAGUAGAGACAUUCGAGAAUAUUUCCUAUGGCAUUGGGCUUUCAGUAGCCAGUCAGCUCAUUAAUACUUUCAACAAAGAUAGUUUUAGCGCAUUUAAAUCUGCAGUUCACUGUGAUGAGGAAAGUGGAUCUGAGGAGGAGACUUUGCAGUAUUUUUCCACUGUUGAUCCCAACUAUCGUUCUCGCAGGAAAAAAAAAUUAGACUCUCAGAACAAGAACUCUCAGAGUUUUCUCUCAGUUCUUCUGAAUAUUAAUCAUGGAUUAAUAGCCGUGUUCACAGAUGUGAAGCAAGAUAAUGGAGAUCUGUUGGAAAACAAGCAUGGUGAAUUCUGGUUAGAGUUCAAUAGUGGUUCAUUAUUUUGCGUGACAAAAUAUGAAGGUUUUGAUGACAAGCACUACAUUUGCCUUCAUUCUAGCAGUUUCAGUCUAUACCAUAAAGGCAUAGUGGAUGGAGUGAUUCUCCCGACAGAAACACGACUUCCCAGCUCAACCCGUCCACACUGGUUGGAACCUACUAUUUAUUCCUCUGAAGAAGAUGGCCUCAGUAAAACUUCUUCAGAUGGAGUUGGAGGAGACAGUUUGAAUAUGCUGUCUGUUGCCGUUAAAAUAUUGUCUGAUAAAUCAGAAUCCAAUACAAAGGAAUUUCUCAUUGCUGUAGGACUGAAAGGAGCCACUCUCCAGCAUAGAAUGCUUCCUUCUGGGCUUAGCUGGCAUGAGCAGAUUUUAUACUUCUUGAAUAUUGCUGAUGAACCUGUUUUGGGAUAUAAUCCUCCAACUUCAUUUACAACUUUUCAUGUUCAUCUUUGGAGCUGUGCACUUGAUUAUAGACCCCUUUAUUUGCCAAUCCGAUCUCUUCUUACCGUGGAAACAUUCAGUGUUUCUAGUAGCGCUGCAUUGGAUAAAUCUUCCUCUACUCUCAGAAUAAUCUUGGAUGAAGCUGCUUUACAUCUAUCUGACAAAUGCAAUACUGUCACUAUAAAUCUGAAUAGAGAUUAUGUUCGUGUGAUGGAUAUGGGGCUUUUGGAGUUAACCAUUACUGCGGUGAAGUCUGAUUCUGAUGGAGAGCAAACUGAGCCCCGCUUUGAGUUACACUGUUCCAGCGAUGUUGUCCAUAUCAGAACGUGCUCAGACUCUUGUGCUGCAUUAAUGAAUCUCAUUCAGUACAUUGCAAGCUAUGGUGACUUGCAGACACCUAACAAGGCAGAUAUGAAGCCUGGAGCCUUUCAAAGAAGGUCUAAGGUAGAGUCCAGUGGUCGAUCAUCCUCACGUGGUCCAGUACUUCCUGAAGCAGAUCAACAAAUGUUACGAGAUCUGAUGAGUGAUGCUAUGGAGGAGAUCGACAUGCAACAAGCCACCUCGUCAGUAAAACCACAGGCUAAUGGUGUUUUGGAUGAAAAAUCUCAAAUUCAGGAGCCAUGUUGUUCAGACCUCUUCCUGUUUCCUGAUGAGAGUGGGAAUGUAUCCCAGGAGCCCGGCCCCACCUAUGCCUCAUUCUCUCACCAUUUCAUCAGUGAUGCAAUGACAGGUGUGCCCAAUGAGAAUGAUGACUUUUGCAUUCUUUUUGCACCAAAAGCAGCCAUGCAGGAGAAGGAAGAAGAACCAGUUAUAAAAAUCAUGGUUGAUGAUGCAAUUGUGAUAAGAGACAAUUAUUUCAGUCUGCCCGUUAAGAAGACUGAUACGAGCAAAGCCCCCUUACACUUUCCCGUUCCUGUGAUUCGCUAUGUGGUGAAGGAGGUCUCUCUUGUCUGGCAUCUUUAUGGAGGAAAGGAUUUUGGAACAGUCCCUCCCACUUCUCCGGCUAAAAGUUAUAUUAGUCCCCACAGUUCGCCUUUUCAUACACCCACAAGACAUGGACGUAAUACAGUAUGUGGGGGAAAAGGAAGGAACCAUGACUUUUUAAUGGAAAUACAGCUAAGCAAGGUGAAGUUUCAGCAUGAAGUCUACCCCCCCUGCAAACCUGACUGUGAUUCCAGCCUCUCAGAACACCCAGUCUCCCGGCAGGUGUUCAUUGUUCAGGAUCUUGAGAUUCGAGAUCGUUUGGCGACAUCACAAAUGAAUAAAUUUUUAUAUCUGUAUUGCAGUAAAGAAAUGCCUCGGAAAGCUCACUCCAACAUGUUGACAGUGAAAGCCUUACACGUGUGUCCGGAAUCUGGCAGGUCCCCACAAGAGUGCUGCUUGAGAGUGUCGCUGAUGCCGCUCCGCCUCAAUAUUGACCAGGAUGCCUUGUUCUUCCUGAAGGAUUUCUUCACAAGUCUUUCUACAGAAGUAGAGCUUCAAAUGACUCCAGAUGCAGAAGUUAAAAAGUCUCCUGGAGCUGAUGUCACCUGCAGUUUGCCAAGGCAUUUGAGUACCUCAAAGGAGCCAAAUCUGGUUAUUUCUUUCUCUGGGCCAAAACAGCCUUCCCAAAAUGAUAGUGCCAAUUCAGUGGAAGCAGUUAAUGGCAUGGAAGAGAAGAACUUCUCUGCUGAAGAAGCAUCUUUUAGGGAUCAGCCUGUGUUUUUUAGAGAAUUUAGAUUCACGUCAGAAGUUCCCAUUCGACUUGAUUAUCAUGGGAAACAUGUAUCAAUGGAUCAGGGUACACUAGCUGGGAUUUUAAUUGGUCUGGCUCAGUUAAACUGCUCUGAACUAAAGCUCAAGAGGCUUUCCUAUCGACAUGGUUUACUAGGUGUUGACAAAUUAUUCUCAUAUGCAAUCACUGAGUGGCUUAAUGACAUUAAGAAGAACCAGCUACCAGGAAUCCUGGGAGGUGUUGGACCUAUGCAUUCACUAGUACAAUUAGUACAAGGCCUAAAGGACUUGGUCUGGCUCCCAAUAGAGCAGUACCGGAAGGAUGGCCGCAUUGUCAGAGGGUUUCAGAGAGGUGCUGCUUCCUUUGGUACCUCGACAGCGAUGGCUGCUCUAGAACUCACAAACAGAAUGGUUCAAACCAUACAGGCAGCUGCAGAGACUGCUUAUGAUAUGGUGUCUCCUGGUACCCUUUCUAUCGAGCCCAAGAAGACCAGAAGGUUUCCUCAUCAUCGGUUAGCCCACCAGCCAGUAGACCUGAGGGAAGGUGUGGCCAAGGCCUACAGUGUUGUGAAAGAGGGAAUCACAGACACGGCUCAGACCAUUUAUGAAACUGCGGCUCGAGAACACGAGAGCAGAGGGAUGACUGGUGCCGUGGGCGAGGUUCUGCGCCAGAUUCCUCCGGCAGUGGUGAAACCUCUGAUUGUUGCCACAGAAGCAACGUCAAACGUGUUGGGUGGCAUGAGAAACCAAAUUAGGCCAGAUGUCCGGCAAGACGAGUCACAGAAAUGGCGCCACGGGGAUGACUGAUGGCUUGGAACUGACAGCGUGAAGAUAAGGAGAGUGGAACCAGGAGCUCAAAAUCCCGACAGCAGCUUCAGAGGAAGCUCGUUUAAUUUUAUUGUGCUCAUCUCAGGAACAAAAGCAUUUUUUAGUUAAAUAAUUUAACAUCAAAACAACAUGCAACCAAAAACUUCUGACAUUUAUAGUUGAUACUUGCCUAUAGAAAUGUUUGGUGGCUGGUGUCAAAGGUCCUUAAAGCAUUUGCUGCCAAGUUAGUGGAAGGCUCACUUUUGUUAAGAUGACUGUAAUUCUCCUUGUUACCGAUGAGAGAUCAUUGGAAGCUGCCUUCUAACACUCUUUGUGUAGCUCUGUGGAGUUGAAUUUUCUUAAGGUUUAAAAAGAAUCACAGCUUCAGAACUUUAAUUGAAAAUGAGAGACAGAAGCCACAGGGGAAGCAAAGCAAAUAGGAUUUUCAAUAUAAAUAUCAGUGUGGAAAAAUAACCUAUUCUGUUGAAUUUAGUGUUCAUGCACUUGAGAACAACAUUACUUCCAUUUACUCCGAAAAUCCUUCUGUGGGGGUUUGAGAAAGUGAAUGUUGCAGACAUGUUCUGUUGUGUUGCACUUUAUCCUGUGUUUAUGUGUAUGUGUUUUUAGAUUAAUUCAAGUUGUGUGCUAUAUUUCUUGUAUAAUUUAUGAAGUUACACAAAAUAUAAAAAGCAGUAAACUUGUCCGAAAGUUUUUGGCAAAGGAAGGUAACUUCAAUGUAAUAGCUUCCUUUAAGAGUACAGGAAAAUACAUUCUAUAAUGAAGUGGGGCCCAUGUAAUUGUUUAUAUUUUCAGUUUUAAGCAGGUAUAGUGCAGGCUUGUUAGGAAUGUGUGGAAGGGAAGAUUGGAAGUGAUUUUUCCUCUUUUAAAAGUAAACAAAAUUCUUCAAAUAUGCCCUAGUUAACUAUUUCAGUGUACCAUUUUUACUUGGUUAACAGUGUACAUUUUGAUAACCUAUCAGGAGUGAAUAAAGUGUUUUUAUUUAAAGGUGA